GGCGCAGGCGCCGCUGGCGGCGUGGUCGACGGGGCUGUGCGACUGCUUCGACGACUGCGGCAACUGCUGCAUCACGUGCCUGUGCCCGUGCAUCACGUUCGGGCAGGUGGCGGAGAUCAUCGACCGCGGGUCGACGUCGUGCGGGGCGAGCGGCGCGCUCUACGCGCUCAUCAUGCUGCUCACGGGGUGCCAGUGCGUCUACUCCUGCUUCUACCGCGCCAAGAUGCGCGCCCACUACGGCCUCCAGGAGAGCCCCUGCGCCGACUGCUGCAUCCACUGGUGCUGCGAGCCAUGCGCGCUCUGCCAGGAGUACCGCGAGCUCAAGAAGAGAGGCUUCGACAUGAACCUCGGAUGGCACGCCAACAUGGAGAGGCAAGGACGCACCCCGGCGACCAUGCCGCCCCUCAUGCACCCAGGGAUGACCCGUUGAUUCAUCGCUCCGUCCGUGCCUUUUCCUCUCAAAACACACAUCUAAAGUGAGCGUCCUUGUGUAGUACUCCCUCCGUUCGGAAUUACUUGUCUCGGAAAUGGAUGUAUCUAAAACUGAAAUACAUCUAGAUACAUUCAUUUCCGCGACAAGUAAUUCCGAACGGAGAGAAUACAAAUAAUCUCCAUGCUGUUCGGCGUCUUUGCGGUGUCACAGCUUGCCUAGCUACUUGCAGGUUUCUGUACAAUUAAUACAGUGUAACACAGAACUACCACUUUCUGUAAUGUUAUUAGAAAUUAUGUAUUUAUAGUUUGAAGUUGUUAUGAGUACCA